GUAUACAUCUUAUCUAGCAUAAAGUUCAUCAAUGACCUGUUUGUAGAAUUCUACAUACGCACGAUGAAACGUGUCAUAACGUCGAUCAUAAUCGAUGAUAUAACAAUUGUCGCCGUUUUCAUAAUCGAGGUCCAAUCAACGAGAGAAGAAAAGAUUUUCUUGAUAAAAAAAAAAUAAAAAAUAUAAAAAAAAGAAGAAAAACUGAUCAGUGAGUUUGUAAAAAAAAAAAAUAAAAAAAAAAAGUAAAAUUAAGCAAAUUUGAAGAAAAAAUAAAUGGAAUGGAAAAGAUGAGAUAACGCGUGUACGAUCUUGAUUGGUAAUAAUAAUUAUUGGAAUUUAGUAAAAGAAUUAAAAGUGCAAACGAAGAAGGAAGUUAAGAGAACUAGUGAGGUCGAGAGGAGAGAAGAGGAAAGGAAAGGAGAAGAGAAGAGAAUAGUGCUCAAUCGGUGAAACGAAGUAAAAAAGAGAGAGGCGAGAAUGAACGAUCGCGACGACCAUGGUGGCUGCAAUGUGACCGGUGUACCACGUGACCGAUAGAACCAAUCGGUUCUUAGGUAGAACUGGCGGUCACGUUGCGUUCGGCGUGGCAAAAGCUUUCCCCUUUCCUCUGCACGCUGUCUCCCUUAUCCUGCUUGCAAGCAGCAAGUCCUAGGUGAGAACCAUAAGCACGACUCUCGACGAAUACAACAGUCCAAUUUUCUUCUUUCCUCGGAAAUCAUUGUGCAUUUAUUAUUACCUCUUUACGAUCAUGUGUUCGUUAUCAUUCUCGAGCGUGUAGACAGAAGAGAUUGUCAUACGAAGAGCAUAGACAUAAAUAUCGUUGAAGUGUACUUUAAUUAUCAUUUUAUUAACCGCGUUAUUGUGCAUUAUUUGUGUAGUGUUAAUGCAAAUUGCAUUAAAGAAAUUAUUAAUUCGUCGGAAAUUAAUGUUGGCAACGAUAACAGAAUUACGAUUUAUUCGUGACGACGUCAGAUUUAUGUUUUCUGUCGUAUGACGGGAGAGAGACAAAGAGAAAGGAUUGUUAGAAUUUCGCGCCUCUUUCAAAAGUGAUACCUUCACAAAUAGGAAAAGUAAGAAGAAGAAUCUUGGCUUGGAGAAGAGGUUGCGUUAGCAUAAAAUAAUUGCGUAAUGCCGCCGGACGAUUAGCAAUGAGGCUUUCGUUUUACCAUUUUCUUUUUAUUUCUGGAUAGGAAAAUGAAUUAAGUCUCUGCAAAUAUACGUUCGGUUUUCGUCGAAAGAAAAAGGGAGAGAGAGAAAGAGAGAGAGAGAGAGAGAGAGAGAGAGAGAGAGAGAGAGAGAGAGAGAGAGAGAGAGAGAGAGAGAGAGAGAGAGAACAAGUCGAAAGAGUCUUCUUGAGAGUACUUCGAAAAAAUCAGGACGACGGGAGGAUUCAUCGAUUUUCUACAAAAUGGAUGCGAUUUGAAGCUAAGAGUAGAAAGAUCGAGGAAAAGAAAGAAAGAAAGAAAGAAACGAAAGAAAGGAAUGAAAGAAAAAAUUUAGUAGUAGAAAGGAAAGGGACGAAGUUGAAUGAAGAAUCGUAGAAAUCGAGUACAAUACACCAUCGUUACGUCGUAAGAGAGAAAUAGAGAGGGAGAUAGAAAAGUAGAUAAAGAUAAAGAUAGAUAGAUCGGAUCGAUCGAUCGACCUAUAAGCUCUGUUAGAAUGAGUAGAUUACAAGAGUAAAGAGUGGAGAACGGCGAUUUCUAACGAAUAGUGGUGGUCGUGGUCGUGGUGGUGGUGGUGGUGGUGGUGACGGUGGCGGUGGCGUUUGGAGUGGCGGUGAUUUGUAAAAAAGAAAGUCUAAGACGAAUAAGACGAUAAAAAGUAAAAUGACGGGUAGUAGGAAAAGCGAAUUUGGCGAUGGAGUGGCCGUGCAAGGAGAUGGUAGGAAACAUACGGUUCAUUGGUUCCGAAGAGGACUCAGAUUGCAUGAUAAUCCGUCCCUAAGAGAAGGACUAGCUGGUGCUUCCACUUUCCGGUGUGUCUUUAUUUUGGACCCCUGGUUUGCCGGAAGCACUAACGUUGGUAUUAAUAAAUGGAGAUUUCUCUUGCAAUGUCUCGAGGAUCUCGACUGUUCCCUAAGGAAAUUGAAUUCCCGUUUGUUCGUGAUACGAGGGCAACCAGCGGAUGCCUUACCAAAGCUCUUUAAAGAAUGGGGCACGACGAAUUUAACGUUCGAAGAGGAUCCAGAACCAUUUGGACGCGUACGGGACCACAAAAUUUCGACGCUUUGUAAGGAACUCGGUAUCUCGGUGGUUCAGAGGGUCUCGCACACUCUUUACAAGUUGGACGAAAUUAUAGAAAGAAAUGGAGGCAAACCACCCCUAACUUAUCAUCAGUUUCAAAAUGUCGUCGCGAGUAUGGAUCCUCCAGAAAAGCCUGUAUCUACAGUAACAUCAGUUUGCAUUGGUGAUGCCUAUACUCCAUUGAAGGACGAUCAUGAUGACCAUUUUGGUGUACCAACGUUGGAGGAACUUGGCUUCGACACAGAAGGGCUUCUGCCACCUAUAUGGGUCGGUGGUGAGAGCGAGGCCUUGGCACGAUUGGAACGUCAUCUCGAGAGGAAGGCCUGGGUAGCGAGUUUCGGCAGGCCAAAGAUGACGCCGCAAUCACUACUGCCGAGUCAGACAGGCCUAUCACCUUACUUACGCUUUGGCUGUCUCAGCACGAGACUUUUCUACUAUCAGCUUACCGAUUUGUACAAAAAGAUAAAAAAAGCAGUACCACCACUUUCGUUGCACGGUCAACUUCUCUGGCGUGAAUUCUUUUAUUGUGCCGCCACGAAGAAUCCUAAUUUUGAUCGGAUGCAAGGCAAUCCGAUUUGCGUCCAGAUACCAUGGGAUAGGAAUGUCGAAGCGUUGGCAAAAUGGGCGAACGGCCAAACGGGUUUUCCAUGGAUCGAUGCGAUUAUGACUCAGCUCAGAGAAGAAGGUUGGAUACAUCACUUGGCGAGACACGCAGUUGCUUGCUUUUUGACCAGAGGUGACCUUUGGAUAUCCUGGGAGGAGGGAAUGAAGGUCUUCGAUGAACUUCUAUUAGAUGCCGACUGGUCAGUGAAUGCCGGUAUGUGGAUGUGGUUGUCGUGCAGCUCUUUUUUCCAGCAGUUCUUUCAUUGCUACUGCCCUAUACGAUUCGGUAGAAAAGCCGAUCCAAACGGCGAUUACAUUCGACGUUACCUUCCAGUAUUGAAAAAUUUUCCCACAAGAUAUAUUCAUGAACCGUGGAACGCCCCAGUUAGUAUACAAAGAGCAGCAAAGUGCAUAAUCGGCAAGGAAUAUUCGUUACCAAUGGUGAAUCAUAGUAAGAGUUCGCGGAUCAACUUCGAGCGAAUGAAGCAGGUUUAUCAACAGCUUAAUAAGUAUCGUGGAAACGGAUCGUCCUUCAAAGGCGAAUCAGUCGGUCUUUUAAAUGCACUUUUGCCGUCCAAUCCAAAAGUCAAGGAAGACGAAGAAAAAAAUAAUCGUCCAUUGUUAAAAGAUGAAGACAGAAAAAUGGACGCUAAUGAUGCUAAUACCGCACAACAGUAACGAGCACAAUACCGAUUGAAAUGACGUUUCUGAAGAAGAAAUCGUUUAUUCUUUCUUUUCUUUUUUUUCUUUUUCUUUUUUUACCUUAACUAUCAUCGACCAAUGUGAAAAAUGCAUCAUUUUUCAUAUUUUGCAAAGUUAACAUCUUUAAUUUCCUUUCUCUCUCUCUCUCUCUCUCUCUCUCUCUUUCUCUCUCUUUUUCUUUCAAUUUUUUUUUUUACUUCAUGGACAUAUCCUCGUCAUUAAGAUCGUUCUUUAAAAAGACAGUUUUUAUCAAUCACGUCGCUAAUUUAAUUACUAUUAUAAGAUUAGUCGUUUAAGAAACGUUCGUAUUGAUUUUACACACCCUGAGAGAGAAGUCACGCGAUAAGGUACAAAAUAGAAUAAAACUACUAUAUUAAAAGAGAUUAAGUAUUAAUAAGAUGAUAUUCGUUUAAUCAAGGACAAAAUAUAUAUUUGUUAUCUCGAUAUACAUACACAUGUG